AUGGCCAAAUCCCACAUCAAGCCCUUCCACGGCAGACGGGAUGGCUCGGAAGACCCCGAGGCUUACCUGGAGGACAUUGAAUAUGAGAUCAAACUGGAGAAGCGGCACAUGGAUGAUGCUGACUACGUUGGGAUGACGACCGACGAAUCCUAUUCCGCCAAAACCUCCGAGACAAAGCUGAGAUCUGGUACAACCAGCUACGUCGGAACGACCAAGAACGAUUGGGACCAACUGAAACAAGAAUUCACCAAAAAAUACCGGGUCAACGAGGUGGAUGCCACCACCAGGCGGUUCCAGGUUAGCCCAAGAAGCCUGGAUCUUCAGGUCCUGAGAAACCCUCGUUAUUAUCAAGUGAUGGAACACCGGCAAGAGAGCGGUGCGAGCUUAACACCUCGAUGUUAA